AUCAAGGUCCAACAAACCAAACUAUCAUCAAGAAAGAAAGAAGACAGCGGUACAACUCUACAACAUCGUCCGAACUCCAGAAUUCUAUCUCAGAACAACCUCUUACAACUUUCAUGAUGGAUGCAGCGUUCUACAACUUUCUUCCUACUCUCUCAACAAAAUUAUAUGUGAUGAAGACGGUGGCAGUGGUUCUCUUGCUGCUACACGGGACCACUGCGUCGCCCGUCCCGGCCGCAGUUCAAGCGCUGACGAACGCCCAAACCCAAACCCGGAGACUAUAUGAAAAAGUAUCGACCGCCUUCGAUGCAUUUAUCCAGGAAGAAUUCAACGGUGACUCUGUCUACUGUGCAGAACAAAUCUUCAUAUUGGAAGAACUCGACAACAUCAGAAUGACCACAGCGGAGUGGAGACAACUAGAGGUAUGUACACGUUCAACCACUAGCUUGGAAACACACACUCACUUCCGGGUUGCUGUGCAAUUGAGCAAAUCGAAAGUACUGUAAGCUGUUGACCCGGAAGUGACGUCAGUGGAAAGUUUUUUCUCCUUCCAUAUAUGGUC